AUGUCGGCGAUGCCAUGCAUGAUGCAGUGGCAGCAUGCUGCGCCGGGACCGAUUGCGCAUGACCCCGGGUGGUGGAGCCAGUACUGGUUUCUCGUUGUUGGUCCAGGAGCUGAGCGCGAAGAACGAUCAUCGUUCUUCGCGCUCAGCUCCUGGUCCGCUAUACAGAACGAGUGCAGCGAUUUGCGCAAAGUGUGCAACAAUCUUCGCCGUGACGACCGUGCCGGCUGGACUGACAAGGAGACGCUGCGCAACGCUCUACACGUCCAGGAAAUGGUUGAAGAGCGCCGAAAGGGUCUGAAGACAGACUGUGAGGGAGGUAUGAUGCCUGAUCGGAAACGAGAAAACGGAGCCACGACGGGCUCCAUUGCUGCACACGAGCUGGAUUCCGUCGCUGAGACGGCGAAGGCAGCCUUCGAAUCGUUCCAUCUGUCCUUCGAAGCUUUGCCUGUUCUGCUGCAGCACCUCUCCGUGGAUGAUAUCUUGGAAUGGCUGGACAGGUCCGCGUCGAUUCUGGAGUUUUCUGCACAAUGGGAUGCUGCUGGCCACGAUGCUUUCGAUGUCGAAAUUGCAAAAGAUGUCAAGUCUGAAAGUGAUGUCUACGAUAUCAUCAGCAACAACCUUCGACGAGAUCUGUUUGUGCACUGCUGGCACGUGGAUGCAUCUGUGGCACAGCAUCUUGUCGCGAACCAUGGGUUGGGCGGCCUCCCAUUUGUGCAGCAACUGAUUGUCGAAGCCAUGCUUGGCCGGAUGGAAGACCUGCUUCCAGAGUCUGCUGAAAACAGCGAAGAGUUCUUGAUUCUACGUGCACUGACGAAGUCUCCGCGUCAGAAGUGGGUGUCUCUGCUGGUCAGAACCCUCCAAAGUCGGGAGUCGUUCCACCAGGACCGAUUCCAGCAAGCACUGAUUUCUGAUCUGAAGAGCCUGCGGCGAGCAGCCAAAUGCGCCAUGAAAGCUGCGCGACAAAAAAAGAAAGCAAACAUGGAUCCAUUGACCCUUCGCCGCCUUGUGGCGUGCAAGGACUUCAUGCGGCUUUUCCAGGAGAAGGAUGAUGGCAGCGGCCACAUCACCACCAAACAGCUGCGAGAGGUGCGGUGA